AUGUCUGUUAUAGCUGUAGCAGGCGGCACUGGCGGAGUGGGAAAGACCAUCGUCGAGACGUUGGUCGACGACCCCACGUUCACGGUGAUUGUGUUAUCGCGCGGUCAAGCAAAACAAGACGAACUCUUCAAAAAAAUCCAGCAAGUGCAGAUCGACUACGAGGACGUCCCCUCGAUGACCCAGCAGCUGGAACGACACAACAUCCACACCAUCAUUUCAGCCAUUGGCCUCAUUUCCGAAGACUCAAGUCAGUCUCAGCUGAACCUGAUCGAUGCUGCAGACAAGUCUCAGUCAACCAGGAGAUUCAUCCCGAGUGAAUAUUCCUUCAUCCAGACACCUGACCUCCUACCCGUGGACCCAAGCAUCCAAUUCUGGCUCGAUGCAGCCUCCCGCCUCAAGUCGAGCUCACUGGAGUACACGCGCGUGAUCCCCGGCUUUUUCAUGGACUAUUGGGGGAUGCCGCAUGUCCGAACCAAUCUGCAGCCGUAUACCUUUGGCAUAGAUAUUACCAGCGGCACCGCGGCCAUCCCCGGCGACGGCAAUGAUGUGAUCGGUAUGACCUACACGUACGAUAUGGCGGCUUAUGUGGUCCAUGCUCUUCGUCUCAGCGAAUGGCCCGAGUUCAGUGUGGUUGUGGGUGAUGAAGUCACCUACAAUCAAAUCUUGCACAUAGCAGAAGAGAUUUGGGGCAAGAAAUUUGACGUAACCUACGAUACUGUCGAUCAAGUCAAUAAGGGCGAUGUCACUGUACCCCCAAUGCCAAACACCUUGGGAUACUCGACCGACGACCUCAAGGAGGUCACCGCCCUCGUGAGUCGGCUUAUUAUCAACAAAGUCUUCGAACUGCCAAAGAAAGACCGCUUGAAUACCCGAUUUCCGGAUGUGAAGCCAAUUACGAUGAAGAGGUUUCUGGAAAAAGCAUGGGGAAACCAUCGCUCAUAA